AAACCGAAGCAAACUGUUUUUGCCACCCUUUCUGCAAUGACGCCCAUGAGAAACGCAGCGGAGGAAAGGGCGGAUCUCCUGAGACUUGUUGCAUCGGCGAAGGGACGAGGAUUGACCAACACCGCCUUGCCUAGAAGGCCAGCCCAGCCCUCGGCUCGGCUUCCCUCCCUUCUCGGGCCAGACCCGGGCGUGGCCUGCUUUCCGCCCUCCCCUCAGCCGGAGCCUGGCGAAGGCGGCCCCGCCGCGGUGUUUCCCUGCUCAGUGCCCGCCGCUCGCGCCUUUGCUGCCGGCUGCUGACUCUCGUCCUGCCCGCCGCCCGCCCGGAUCCCUGAGGAUGGUGCUGCCCGGGGAAGAGCGCGCCGCUGCCGGGGUGUACCGGGCGCCCCCGGAGCUGGUGCGGGAGGCGCACGUGCCCUCCUUGGACAAGUACCGGGAGCUUUACCGCCGCUCGGUGGAGGAGCCGCAGGAAUUCUGGGCUGAGAUUGCCAAAGAAUUUUACUGGAGAAGUCAACACACUGGACCAUUUCUGCACUACAACUUUGAUGUCACGAAAGGAAAAAUCUCCAUUGAGUGGAUGAAAGGGGCUACAACUAACAUUUGCUACAAUCUGUUGGACAGAAAUGUGUAUGAGAAUAAACUUGGAGACAAAAUAGCUUUUUACUGGGAAGGAAAUGAACCAGGGGAUAACAUGAAGAUCACGUACAAUGAGUUGCUGUGUAAAGUCUGUCAGUUUGCCAAUGUUCUUCAGGAGCAAGGUGUGAAGAAAGGAGAUAGAGUUUCUAUCUACAUGCCAAUGAUUAUUGAACUGGUGAUAGCUAUGCUGGCUUGUGCCAGAAUUGGAGCACUUCAUUCCAUUGUGUUCGCAGGUUUUUCAUCAGAAUCUCUUUGUGAGAGGAUUCUUGAUUCUCACUGUUCUCUUCUCAUUACUGCAGAUGCCUUUUAUAGAGGUGAUAAGCUAAUUAACCUGAAGCAGAUAGCAGAUGAAGCCUUGCAGAAAUGUAAAGACAAGGAUGCUCCUCUGCAAAGGUGCAUUGUGGUCAAGCAUUUAGGGAGGGAAGAACUGUUAUCAGAUGGGCCCAGCAGCAAAUCCCCACCUCUUAAGAGACUCUGUCAAAGUGUACAGGAAAAAAAGGCUGAGAGCUCAAAGAAAGUCCAUCCCAAGACUCCUUGGAAUUCAGAAGUUGAUGUUUGGUGGCACGAAGUUAUGAAAAAUGCUAGCAAGGAGUGUGAGCCUGUUUGGUGUGAUGCAGAAGAUGAAUUGUUUAUUCUCUACACUUCUGGAUCAACAGGGAAACCAAAGGGAGUUGUACAUACUAUAGGUGGAUAUAUGAUUUUUACGGCUGCUACAUUUAAAUACGUAUUUGAUCACCAUCCUGACGAUAUUUACUGGUGUACAGCUGACAUUGGAUGGAUAACUGGUCAUUCCUACCUCACGUAUGGGCCUUUGGCAAAUGGGGCAACCAGUGUCUUAUUUGAAGGGCUUCCCAUUUACCCAGAUGUUGGCCGUAUGUGGAGCAUCAUUGACAAGUACAAGGUGACCAAGUUCUACACAGCACCCACUGCCAUCCGCCUCCUUAUGAAGUAUGGAGAUGAACCUGUUAGGAAGUACAGCAGGAAGUCUCUGAAAGUGUUAGGAACAGUUGGGGAACCCAUAAACCCAGAAGCUUGGCUGUGGUACUACAAGGUUGUGGGAGAAGAGAGAUGCCCUAUAGUGGAUACCUUCUGGCAGACAGAGACGGGUGGCCAUGUGUUGACUCCUCUCCCUGCCGCCACACCAAUGAAACCAGGAUCUGCAACAUUCCCUUUCUUUGGGGUGGUUCCUGCUGUGCUGGAUGAAGCUGGGGAAGAGCUGGAAGGAGAAGCAGAAGGCUACCUGGUUUUUAAGCAACCCUGGCCUGGAAUAAUGCGCACAGUGUACAAAAACCACCAGCGGUUUGAGACCACUUACUUCAAGAAGUUUCCUGGUUACUACGUGACUGGAGACGGCUGCAAGAGAGAUAAAGAUGGUUAUUACUGGAUCACUGGUCGAAUUGAUGAUAUGCUGAAUGUUUCAGGACACUUGUUGAGCACUGCGGAAGUAGAAUCAGCUCUGGUGGAACACUCGGCCGUUGCCGAGGCAGCUGUGGUGAGCCAUCCGCAUCCAGUGAAGGGAGAGUGCCUCUACUGCUUUGUGACUCUAAGGGACGGUCACGAGUUCACAAAGAAUUUGAUGGAUGAACUGAAGAAGCAAGUUAGAGGAAAGAUUGGACCUAUCGCAACUCCAGACUAUAUUCAGAAUGCUCCUGGUCUUCCUAAAACCCGUUCAGGUAAAAUUAUGCGGCGGGUAUUGAGGAAGAUUGCCAAAAAUGACCGGGAACUGGGUGAUACCUCAACAGUGGCAGAUCCAGCAGUCAUAAACCACCUUUUCAACAAUAGAUGUGAAACAAUACUGUAGCAGGGCCAUCCUAGGGAAAACAGCAAUAGAACAGGAAACUUGGUGAGAAUAUGAGCACUAUCGCAGACAAUGACUGUAUAUUCUUCCAGGAAGAGAAGUUGCCCCAUGCUGAGCGGAAUGUAAGAUGAUGUAAAUGAAGACAAGAAACUGGUGCUCCAAGACCCAGUCCUCAUUUUGUGUUGUCGAUCUAGCUGUUUGUGUCCCUGCAGAAUUGUGUGCGUUAUGUUGUAGACCAAUGCGUCAUAUCUGAAAUUCCAUCCUGACUCAUAUUGUACAGAGCAACUAACAUUUUAAUCAUCAUAAACUUCUUUCAUAUCUUUUUUUAAAACCUACUUCAAUGGGCAGAGUUUAGGAGGCUGAAGUAAUCAGAUGGAAAGAUGGCCUUCCACCUGAGCUGUAGUUACCAGCCUUUAAAAAGCUUUGCAAGACCAACAGACUGGUGAAGAACCUUCAUGCUGAGGCAGACUUAUUGGAACAAAACUUUAGCAAUCUAGCAUUCACUUUAAACUAAUAAAACUCUGGCUGAAUGUCAUAGACUAUGAAAAUGUUUAGAGAAUUGUAAUGAAACUGUAAAAUUGGGAAAAAAAUUCUAUUUGAUUUUGGUAUGGGGUUGCCUUGUUAGUGGCAGUAAUCUUCCUCCCUAAAGGGUGCAGUGAUAUCUAGGUAUUUGGGGGCUCAUAGUAUGUUUGUGUGUAGGUGAAUUUUCUCACAGCAAUUGUUCUUUACUGGUGGUGGAUAUUACUGCAAGAGGAAAUGCCCACACAGAGGAUGGUUCUCAAAUUUGCUGUGGUACUUGGGGCAGUGCCAGAACCAGUGGAAUCUGAAAGCAGCACCAAUUCAGCAGCCAUCUUCUCCUUGUGAGGCCCUCAGUUACAUCGGGAAAAGCAUGAACUGGGCCAUUAUGUGGAUAAUCACAGUGAUUCUUAUUAGUGAUUAUGACAGCUAGAAAGAACUACUGCAGUUUUUGUAUGUCAAAGAACAAGGUGCUUGAGAAAGGAAAAAACAUAUCCUUUCUAAUAUAGAUGAAUACAGCCGUAGUUGACAGCCCGCUAAAGGCAUCAUGAAGGUCAACAAGAUUUGAUCCUUAUCAGAUAAUCAGUUCCUUAGUGUUGUGGCACAGGAAAAAAUGGUCAAAUCAGAUAUCGGCAGAGAUAUGAUGGAGAUAUGCAACUGUGGGAAAACACAAAACAAGCCCUUUGGUAAGUACGAUAGCAAGAAUAAUGUUCAUGUUUUAACACUGUAAUAGAACCAUGGACAUCAGCGACGGGUGUGGGGAUAUCCUUCCUCUAUGAUUUUGUAUUGGAAAAAACCUUGUAUGUAAACUUCUACCAAAAGUUAGGUGUUAAAUCUCAGCUAUGAUCACAGUGUUGUGCCAUUGGAAAGUGUCUGCUUUACCCAUGUAAUACUUUGCAAAUUGGAACUGCCUAAAAACAACACAUCCUACAAACCAUAUCCUAUGUUGCCCUGAUCUUAGCUCAUCUUAUUUCUUACCUACUGUUUAGUAUUCUAAAUGCACUUGUCUGUGGUCUGCAACAUCAGUGUAUAUAUUUAAUCCCCAUAUCCUACAGCAUUAAAGCUAGGCCUGUGGCUGCUGUGUGCUGUUAAUAGGAAACAAGUCCUUUACUUUUAAUCUUGGUCUGAUAUGUAUUUUUGUUUGGGAAAUGGCUAGAAUUCUGUUUUUAAUUGAAAUUAAAAUCAAAGAAUAAAUCUAUAAACCCUU